GUCAAAAUAGUUUGAUAUGUAUGAAAAUAGCAAGACGAGAAUUUCGCAAGGCACCAGAUUGUAGUGUUUUUAAUUAACAUAAACUCGUCAUUGGGAAUCAAUGAUUUAUAAUGGCUACAACUGCGUAUGAGCUUGAUGCUGAAGGGUGUAAAUUCAUCCCUGCAACGCAACGUCCCGACGGCACCUGGCGCAAGCCGCGGAGAGUCAAGGAUGGGUAUGUCCCCCAGGAAGAGGUUCCGCUGUAUGAGAGUAAGGGGAAACAGUUCAAAGCCCGGCAGAGCACAGGGCUGCCUGUAGGUCUGACCCCAGAAAUCGUAGCUGAAGCACAGAAGAAGAAGAACCACGGUGCCAUACAGCCCAUCCCUGGCAUGCUUAUUAAUGUGGACAAGAAGAAGAAGAAAAAGAAGUCUGGAGCUGAUGAUGCAGCUGAAAAACUUGCCAAAUGUGAGAUAACAGAACCAAAUUUCACAAGCCCACCUCCAGUGACCCCUAGCAAUGCAGCCACAGACCCUGCCAAACGCCUUAAGAAUUUAAGAAAGAAACUCAGAGACAUUGAAACCCUUGAGGAGAAGAUAAAGUGUGGCACCCUCAAAAAUCCUGACAAGGACCAAAAAGAAAAGAUGUCCAAGAAAAAUGACAUUCUUAACGAAAUUGAACUUUUAGAGAAGAGUAGUGAAUAAGUUAUACCAAAUUGAAUUUAACCUUUUAAAAGAAACUAUGGAAUCAUGUCUAUGGUUUGCAUGAAUGAAUGUGUUCUCUGUGUGAGUGCAAAUUGAUGAAAAUUUCUUUUUUUAAUAUAAAUUAUUUACAAAAUAA